AUGUGGGCGAGAAUAACGUUGUUGACGUUAGUGAUGUCAAGUGCUGUUGGUGCAGCUGGUUGGCCUCUUGAAAAAAUAAGGACGGUAAACAUCACUAACAAUCUGGGUGCAAAUAUUGAACUUAACUUUCAUUGUAAGUCUAAGAAUGAUGAUCUUGGACAACAACAACUCCCUUACAAAGGUUUUUGGUAUUUCAAAUUUCGUCCCAAUUUUUGGGGAACCACUCUCUUCUACUGUUCCAUGAAUUGGGAACAAUUAAAAGGAGAGAACUACGAAAAAUGGGCAAGGGCCAUACAGACUGCAUUGAGAGCCAAAAAGAAAUACGGCUUUAUUAAUGAAUCUGUCAAACAACUAGAGAAGGAUGCAUCGGGACUCGAAGAUUGA